GAUGGAACUCACACUGCUCUGCUGGCAGCUCUCCUGUCUGAGUAUCAGUCCUGACAGAUCUCAGUUUUUUAAAUUAGAGUCUGUCUCUCUGAGCUGUGAGGUUCAGGGGAACUCAACUGGAUGGAGAGUGGUGAGGAACACAGAGAGUGGGAACCUUUCAGAGUGUAAUACUGACUGGGGAAAACUAAAAGGGCCUUCAUGCAACGUGUCACUAAUACCAUCAGACAGUGGAGUGUACUGGUGUGAGUCUGGGUCUGGAGAACACAGCAAUGUUGUCAACAUCACAGUACAUGCUGGAGCUGUGAUCCUGGAGAGCCCUGCCCUUCCUGUGACUGAGGGAGAUUCUGUGACUCUGCGCUGCAGAUAUCAGGGAACUCCCUCUGACCUCACAGCUGUUUUCUACAAAGAUGGAUCCCUCAUCAGGAAUGAGACUACAGGAGAGAUGACCAUCCCUGCAGUAUCCAAGUCAGAUGAAGGACUCUACAAGUGUACCAGCUCGAAAGGAGAAUCACCAGAGAGCUGGAUGACUGUGACAGGUCCAACUCCCAUUCCAUUUCCAGCAGUCCCAGUGUUGUCCAUGUCUCUACCCAGGCUGCUGUGUAGUCUACUGGUGGGGUCUCCCUACCUGCUGGUGACCAUCAUACUGCUGGUGAAAGGCUGCAGGAGCAGGACUCAAGGGUAAACCAGGGUACCCAGGAAGACCCACCAAGACCAAUUAGGUGAUCGUGUUGAAGAAGAGUGAGGCUGAGAUCACCUGAUCACCAUAACAACCAUCAGAAUGGAACUCAUGGAAUUCUAAUAUAGAACUGUGAGUCACAAUGCUGUAUGUUGUUACAUUGUAGCUCCACCUGCUGGAACAAUAGUGGCAUUUGAUCAAAUGUGAUCUAUUAACUGAUACAUGUAUUAUUCUGAUUGGAAUGUGUUGUAAUAUAAUGUGUGUUGUAUUAAUCUGGGCAAAAUGUAUACAGCCUGACCAGUUUGGUUUUAUACAAAUGAUCUUAAACCAGCACAUAAAGUGUCAUCUGUAAUAAUUUGGUCAAUGACAACAUUUUUGUUUUGGCUCUGUAGUCCAGCACAUUGGAUUUUAAAAUAUACCAUGGGGUGAAAGUGCAGACUGUCAGCUUAUAAGAAGGUGUUUUAUUCAUAUCAAAUGAACCAUUUAGAAAUUACAGCAUGUUUUGAAUAAUGUCACUGUCCAAAUACAUACAGAUAUUAGGGAAUAUUGUUUUCUUUUCUCCAGUUAUAAGAACUGUAGUUUGACCAAACAUGAUUUCUGGCUAUUAUUGGAAACUCAGUGAUCCAACCAGAUAUAGCUAGGUAAUAAGCAAGCAAAACAAAAGAAUGCACUUACCUAAAAAUCUCAAAAUGAUUUAUUUAUUUUAUCUUCACAAAUUCAUUAAUUAGUUCCUGCAGCUGUGUAAAGAUGUUGUUCAGGCUUCUAACUAGCUAGCAACACGAGCUAGCUAACGUUAGCAUUAUGCUACAGAUUUAAUGCAAUGGAACUGGAUAGUAGCAACACUUAGCUACAUUACACAACAAACGCCAUUCAUGCCGAUAAAAUAUAUUUACAACAUGUUG